AGCUGAGCAUAAAUGGGCUUGGCCCUUCAUGGAACCUGUAGAUGUUGAAGGUCUUGGGUUGCAUGACUAUCAUGAGAUUAUUGCAAAGCCUAUGGAUUUCAGUACGAUAAAAAAGAAAAUGAAUGCCAAGGAUGGUUCUGGUUAUAAGAACGUGCGUGAGGUAUACUCUGAUGUGAGGUUGAUUUUCAAGAAUGCAAUGAAAUACAACAACGAAAAACAUGAUAUCCACAUUAUGGCGAAGUCAUUGCUUGAAAAAUUUGAGAAGAAAUGGCUGCAGCUGUUACCAAAAAUUGUUCAGGCGGAAAAUGAACAAUUAAAGGAAGAAGCACAUAUGCAGAUGGAAAAGCAGCUUGCUCAAGAAGCUGCUUAUGCCAAUAUGGCAAAGGAAAUUAGUCUUUCGCUAUGCGAGGUUGAAGUGCACUUGAAGAAUCUCAAAGAAAUGGUCAUUGAAAAGUGCAGGAAAAUAUCGUUACGUGAGAGACUGGAACUUGUGAAGAGUUUCAGCAGACUGAAUUUGGACAAUCUCAACAAGGCAUUGCAGAUAAUUAGUGAGGAUGACCCAACCUUCAAACCUAAUGAUCAAGAAGUGAACCUUGACCUUGAUAAACAGACCGACUACACAGUAUGGAAACUAAAUGUUUUUGUCAAAAAAGCACUGCAAGAACAGGAAAAAAAUGCUGCUCAGGACCCAAAUGUUAAUCGCAAUGGUAACAUUGAGGAAAAGAAAAACACCAACAAAAGGAGGAAAUUGUGAUUCUUUUGCCGAAGAGAUCAAUAUAGAAGAAAUGAAAAGCUUUGGACUUUGUGAUUCACUUGUGUGGUACACAAGGCAUUAUCUUAGCUUUGAUUAAGCGGGGUGCUCAAUAAACUUGUACUGUUCAACAUGCUUACCAUGUCACAUACAGUGAUUUUUUAGACAACUUUCGAGAUAUUCAA